AUGGCGGCCUUCCGCGACAUGGAGGAGCUGUGCCAGGGCCUGCUGAGCCUCCUGGGCGCCAACCACGCCGCAGCGCAGCAACGGCGGCUGCUGGGACGCUACGGGCAGAUGAUGGACCGGCUGCUGGAUACGCAAGAUAGAGCCGAGCAGCAGCUGCGAGAGAUCCUCAAAGCAGAGAAGGAUGUGGCCCAGAGCCUUCUUGAUGUGAAGGAGCAGGCGUGCCAGGGGGUUGCUGAAUUGCAGCAGAUUGAAGCCAAGCUUCAGAAGGCCAGCGAGGAGGAUACUCACCUGAAAGCCAGCCUUCUAUAUCCUUUCGUACUUGGGCCUCAGCCUCACCUGCUCACCAGGGAGCUAGAGGACCUCAAGGAGAUUGAGGCUGAUCUCGAAAAACAGGAGAAAGAAGUUGAUGAAGACACAACUGUCACCAUCCCUGCAGCCAUAUAUGUGGCUCAACUUUAUCACCGAAUUAGUAAAAUUGAGUGGGAUUAUGAGUGUGAACCAGGGAUGAUCAAAGGCACCUCUGAAUAUUUUACUAACAAGUUUUUAAAGGCAAUAUCGUUCCACUGGGGGUCAUGGCGAGGGCUGUGUGGCGGGUUUCCUUACAUCGUGCCCUCAGUCCAUCGUGGCCCCAGCGUUGCCCAGCCCAUCCACCUGGACAGCACCCAGCUCUCCAAGAAAUUCAUCAGCGACUAUCUUUGGAGUUUGGUGGACACAGAGUGGUAGCCAGGAGCCUCGUGGACUAUGUCUUGCACAUAGCAGGAAUCAUUUGUGGUGUGUGGUUAGUGCCUUGGUGCUGAGAUCAGCUUAAAAUUAAAUGUUACACAUAAA